AUGUUUUUUUUGAAAAAGAAAACAGAGAAAAUAGUAGUUAAAUUAAAUGAACAUAACAUUAAAUUAAUUGCUCCAGAUUUCAACUGGUUUACAGCAGGUAGAAACGAAAUUAUUAAGUUACUUAACAGUAUAUCAGAGGAACAGUUAAAAGUAUUGAUUGAUUCUCAAGAAAAAAUAGAAUUAAAAAAUUUUGAAGGAAAUAGUGAAGCAUUAGACAAUCAGGAAGUAGAAUUUUUAGACUCUGCAUUAUCAGAAAUAGAAUUUGAGGUUUUUGAAAACGGAAAGUUAGGUAAGCUACCAAAUAUAAAGAAGGAUAGGUUGGAAAAAAUUUUAAGUGAGCAGUUCGGGCAAAUUACGAUAAAUUAUUCAGCAGAAAAAUUAAGGGAUCUUGCAAGGAGUUUGAUAAAAGAGAAAAUAGAGAAUAGAAAUAAAGAGAAUAGUACUGGUAAUCAAUUUCCCGAGGUAAAAUUGUUGGAAACUGCAGAAAACCACAAUUUAUUAGAGUGGUCGUACAGUCAAAUUGCGGGGGACAGUAGUGCAUUAGCUAAUAGCUUAACACAUAAAUUACCUAAAGAAAUAGGAAAAAUGGAUUUUAAAAAAAUCAUACACCGGCCGGAUUAUUUCGGGGGUAAAUCGUCGGAAGAUAUUGAAUGUUUUAUUGAAAAAUUCGAAUAA